AACAGUUGUCAUAGUAACAGUAAAUUCAACGUUGUUGAAAAAGUCAGAUGGAGAAUAUAAAGCCAACUGGGAUGCGGCGUGCAUCUCAUUGGUCUACUGAAGUCGAAAAUGCAUAUAGGUUUCAGUUGGCUGGUUACAGAGACGAAGUGGAAUAUUUUAACUAUAAUAAUGCUGACCCAGAGAAGUGGACAAAUACGGGAUUUGUUAAAAAGUUGAAGCGAAGAGAUGGUCUUUUCUACUAUUUUAACAAGAAUAGGGAGUGUUCAGACAAAGAUAUACCGAAAUGCAAACUAUACGUAUAUUAAUAAACAAAAUACAAUUCAGUGAAUAAUAUCCACCAAGCCUUAUUUCUAGAAGUUCUUAACAGUGCGUACUUUGUUUAACAAAGGGUGUGAAAAUUUUACACGAGGGUAAAGCAAGAAUUAUUAAACUAUUUCAACCACAAAAUCUGUCGGUGUUUCUUCGCUUGUUUCCUAUACAUAAUACAAUAGAUUUACUGGA